AUGGAAGCAGAAGGAGACCUUCUGCUGGGAAGUAAUCAACAUGGUUUGCCUCCAGGAGCGGAGGGAGAGGGGACUGUUAAUGAUGAUAAAAGUACAUCCCGCAACCACAUGGAAGCUGCAGUUGAAGAAGAGCUCAAGAAGACUAAAGACGAACUGGAGCGAGCCCGGGAGAAGUCUGACGAAUUGGAACGGGAACUAUCGGAGGUGCAAGCAGAGCUCAAGGAAGCCGAAGCGAAUCUGGCGAGUCAAAGAGUUGAUAUGGGAGAAACACAGGAUAGGAUCAAUCGAAUGGAAGAGGAACUUUUUGCUGCUCGGUCCGAGCUUGACAACGCCCGUUUUGGCCUUCAAGAAACAACUGCUGUGAAAAAGGAGCUGGAACACCUGAAGGAAGAGCUGGAGAUUGAACGAUCAUCUGGAAGAGCAAAGUGGGAAGAGGUGUGCAAAAAAGUUCUGGAAGGCGAAUCAAGCUCAUCUGAAAGUAGAAAGAACUCUCUCGAGGUGCAACAUCUUGAAUACAUAACAGCAUUCGAGGAGAAGAUCACCUGUCUGGAGAAAGAGCUGCAGGAAGCAAAGGCGAAGAUUGAGCAAGACAAAUCA